AGCACGCGGACCUCCAUGGGUAUAAACAGUGCUGUUUUGAUUUUAGUGCUAAAAUCCCCUUUCUUUUAUUCAUUUUCUUUCCAAAACAUAGAUGGAGAACAGCACCCUUGCUCUGUAAGGGCUCAUUUCAUCACACAGCCGCUAACCUUCAUCAGUUUGAUGGCCAAUGGUGCGGAUGAUGGCAGGAUCUUACCAACGGAGGCCGCGAUUCUGGAAAUCCGAUACCAGUCUGUUGGCAUGCGCACGGGGUAUGGGUCUGGGCUGGAGCAGCAUGGGGGUACAGGGGCGGUACGGAGGCCGAGGAUGCUGAGGGGCAAACACGUGCUGCUAGGGCUUCAGUCUUGGUUUAGUGUUCUGGGCCUAUCGGGCCUUGUAAAUUUGGGCCAAGUUUUAAAAUUGGGUUUGGGUCUGAUAGGGUUAUUUAAUGGACUGAAGUUUAUUUAUUUAUUUAUUUAUUGUAUAUUUGGGUUUCUAGUGGGCUCGGGUAAAUUUGGCCCACUACAAAUAAUAAAUGAACUUAAAAAUUUAAAUUAAUCAUUUAUAAAUAUGAAUGAAUUAGAAUAAAA